AUGGAUAAUUAUUUGUAUGGUUCAUAUAUUCUUGUUCUUCUUUUUUUUUCAAUUAUAACAUUAUGUCAUUGUCAAAUAUAUCCAUAUAUAACAGAACCAAAAAUAACAUCUGUUAUUCCAAUAAAUUCUACAGCUUUAACUAUAAAUUGGCAAUUUGCUGAUGCGUCUAUUGAUCGUUCGGAUCUUAUACGAAUUUAUAUUAUUAUUUAUGAAUUUUAUUAUAAUUAUAAUAGAAUAUAUGCAUCAACAAAUUAUACAUUUACAUCAACAAAUAAAACAAUAACAAGUUUAAUAAAAAAUUUUGAAUUAGUUAAUGCUUAUUAUUAUAUUUGUUUUUCAUCAAAUUCAACAGUGACAAAUUUUAGUCAAUAUUUAUCGAUUAUAAAUACUUGUAUUUUAACUCGAACAUGUUUACGUUCAAAUACAGCAUGUCCAGGACCAUCAUCUGUUAUUAUUUUAUCAAGAAAUAUAACAUCGAAUUCAUUUAUUAUUUCUUUUCAAUGGCCAAAUGAUUUGCCAUAUUCAUCGAAUUCUUUUACAACACAAUUAAUUAAUAAUGGUCAACUAGGUACAAAUCUAGGUUUAACACAAAAUACUUCAUAUACUACUCGAUUAUAUCAAUUUACUGGUCUACAAUCAAGAACAACUUAUACAAUUAAUACAAGUUUUACUUAUAGUAUUCUUAAUGGAGUUAUAAAGAGAAAUACAACAAUUUUGACAGUGACAACAUCUUAUUCAUCGAAAUUGUCUUAUACCAGUGAUCUAUUGUCCUUAUUCUUUACUUUUUCGGUGAUAUUGUUUUAUAUAAAUUUUUCAAAAUAA